AUGUUGUCAUCACUUUUUGCAGCACUCACACUCCUCUUCCUAACCGUAACACUCGCAAACUGUUACGGACCCAACUACUACUGCACGCCAAACCUCUGUCCGCACGGUGGCCCUAACGUGGGCUGCAAUCCACCACCACUCUCCGGCGGUCCUUACUGCUACGGCAAAUCACCGAGUGUCCUGCCGAUGACACCACCCGUCCAGGCACACAUCCUACACCUGCACAACUACUACCGAUCACGGGUAGCUUCCGGCUAUCAGUUUCCGCUCGGCCCAGCCACACACAUGUACACGAUGGUUUGGGACGACGAGCUGGCAGCACAGGCCGCUAACAAUGCGCGAUCGUGCGUGUUCGGGCACGAUCGGUGUCGCAACACGCCACAAUUUCUCACCUCCGGCCAGAACAUAGCGAUGAUCAAAUACUACGAACCGAUGGGGUACACCGUGAUCGAUUUGAUAACGCGCUUCGUUGCCGGCUGGUGGAAGGAGUACAAACAAACGAAACCGGCCUACAUUCAGGCGUUGCCACGUGCGAUGGUCAAAACGAUCGGCCACUUUACGAUGAUGGUGAACGAUCGCUCCUGGAAGGUGGGCUGUGCGAUGCAAAGCUGGAGCGAAGGUAGUGCAACGAAGGUUUACUUCGUGUGCAACUACUCGUACAAUAACAUCGUCACGCAGCAGGUGUACACGACGGGACCAGUUGGUUCGCAGUGUCAGGCUGACAUGAAUCCGAGCUAUCCCGGUUUAUGUAGGACGUGA